AUUUCCGCAAUAACAACAAACAUGGCGAAGACCUACGACUACCUGUUCAAGUUGCUCCUCAUCGGCGACUCUGGUGUGGGCAAGACGUGCGUGUUGUUCAGGUUCUCAGAGGACGCCUUCAAUUCAACGUUUAUCUCCACGAUAGGUAUUGAUUUCAAGAUUCGGACAAUAGAACUUGACGGCAAAAAGAUCAAGUUACAAAUCUGGGACACCGCAGGCCAAGAGCGAUUCCGAACAAUCACUACGGCGUAUUACAGAGGAGCAAUGGGAAUCAUGCUCGUCUAUGACAUUACCAACGAGAAGUCUUUUGACAACAUCAAGAACUGGAUCAGGAACAUCGAGGAGCAUGCGUCGUCUGAGGUUGAGAAGAUGGUUUUAGGCAACAAAUGUGACAUCAACGACAAGAGGCAGGUGUCCAAAGAAAGAGGAGAGCAGCUUGCUUUAGAGUAUGGACUGAAGUUCAUGGAGACGAGUGCGAAGGCCAAUAUCAACGUGGAGAAUGCGUUUUUGACUCUGGCGAGAGACAUCAAAUCAAAAAUGGACAAAAAAUUAGAGGGCAACAGCCAACAGGGGAGCAGUCAGGCGGUGAAGAUCAUAGCACCUCAGAAGAAGACAAGCUUCUUCCACUGUAGUUUGCUUUGAGUUGCGUUGCGCUGACUGGGACCAACAAACCUGCGCUUCCUCUUUGACCUUGACUGACCUUCUAAUCCUCAGUCGCUCCUUAAGUGGGGGAAUCUCCCUCCUCUGAUAGUGGGGCGCCUCUUCCCUGAAUUACCUUAAAAUUCAAGUCAACUUUUACAGAUCCUUUGUGUCCGAUAAUGUUUCAGCGAAAACUUUUACAUUCUGUAAUUGAACUCUCCUCAAGUAUGAGACAGCUCUCUCAGUGACGGAGCCUAAACGUUUAUUAGCAAUAUUGAAUUAGCACUGUUCUCCUGCAGCUUCCUUGCACUUUAGCGUCUCAUUUUUUACCACAUUUCUCAACCUUCCUCCAGCUGUGUCAGAUCACGUCUCAAACUGGUGCAGAAACACGUGACCACUUUUGCUUUCCAGAGCUUAAUCGUUCUUCAUCCACAGCCUUUUUGCACAGCAAUAGUGUCAAAUGUGUGUGUGUGUGUGUGUGUGUGUGUGUGUUUAGAGGACCAGAGGAAGUCGAAGAUAUGCCCAUUCCGAUCUUCACUGAAAAUUGAAAUUCACCUCUUGUGUUCUAGCUCAGCUCUUUGUUUAAUAUGUAAACAAAAACCUCAUUCAUUUGUUGUCGCACUUAAAAAAAAAGAAGAAUUUCUUUGGCAAAAUCAGCAUCUUAUUUGUUGUUGUGUUGCAGCCUAAUUCCUCACUGACAAAUUGGAUCAAGUGUGAAACAUAUCACAGUUAAAUGUUGCACUUGUUUGACGUCUGUGCUGACGAGUCGUGCUUCAUUUACUGGAUGAACUCGCUUUAUGGUGCUACUGUCGAACCAAACCGUAUGUUUCAGUGUCUUUUGAGUGAUCUUCUGGAGUGAUCUGUGUGCGUGUCCCUGGUUUCAGUUAUAGCUGUGAUGUUUUAGCCGUUUCAAAGAUGUCUGUUACUUUUCAGUGACCUCACGAUGACUUCAUGAGUAAGCUAUGCAUAGAUGGAAUUGGACCUCGGUUUGAUAUUUUCUUUCCCUUUUUAUUCAAAGUUGAGCGCAAAAAACUUAUAGUCAACUUAUAGUUCUGCAUGUGUCAGAAAGUAAAGUCUUCAAAAAAGUGUUAUUUUGUUCGCCAUGUGUUUGAUAACUGCCACUGUUGGUAUUUUUUAAUAACUGUAUUUUGCUCAGAACUGAAGUGGUGCACGCUCAUGUAUGUUUUCUUGUGUACAUGUGUGGAAAUCAGGAAAAUUAUUGAAUAGAUAAAGUAUAUAUUUAGAUGUUUUGGGUUGUUGCUGUGAAGAGUAACAUUUUUUUAUUUCAGAUUUAAUUUCAUAAACAUUUAAUAUAUUUUUUACACUUUUCUCGUUACGUUGUUUAAAAGUAGAAAUGUCGGGAUGUUGGGACCAAAAAUAUGUGGGAGGAAAAGUAUCAUUAUUUAAAAACAGAAGACAAUUUUCUGAAUGUAAGUGAUCUGUGAUGUUUUUGCUUAAUAAAUCAGACCAAAAAUGUGUGACUUGUUUUUUCGACAACUGAAUAAAGAA